AUCCCAGCAGAGAGGCAGCGUCUCCGGCAGACAGGAGCGACAGAGGCAGAGGCUGCGCGUCUCCUCUGCAGGUUCAACCCAUCACCGGCGGAGGCGGCGGGCUGCACCUUCUGCCAGGCGGACCUGAACCAGCCGCGGGCUCGCCUCCGGUGCCCUCCUUAUGGGCUCACCAUGCGCAGGAUACGGGCCAACGCCAUCGCCAUACUGACCGUCGCCUGGAUCCUCGGCACGUUUUAUUACCUGUGGCAGGACAGCAAGCCCGCGUCGACGCCGUCGUCGUCCGCGUCGCAGGCUCGCGGCAGGGGCCACGGGCAGAAGCUGGUCCCCGGUCGGCUGGAGAUCCACCGGGACGACAGGACCAUCCCGCUGAUUGUGACUCAGCCGCCCCGAGACGAGCAGCAGAGCCAGCUGCUGGGCGGAUUCGACGAGAAGGCUUACCUGGCCGCCAAGCAGCUCAAACCGGGGGACGACCCGUACAGGGAGCAUGCCUUUAAUCUGCAGGAGAGCGACCGUCUGGGCAGCGAGCGAGCCAUCCGAGACACGAGACACUACAGAUGCGCGUCUCUGGCCUAUGAUGCCGAGCUUUCCUCCACAAGCAUCAUCAUCACUUUCCACAACGAAGCUCGCUCCACUCUGCUUCGCACCAUCAAAAGUGUCCUGAUGCGAAGCCCCCCGUCUCUCAUUCAGGAAAUAAUCCUCAUAGACGACUUUAGCACUGACCCUGAGGACUGCCAGCUGCUCUCCCAGAUCCCCAAAGUGCGCUGCCUGAGGAACAGCAGGAGAGAGGGAUUGAUCCGAUCACGAGUGAGAGGAGCCAACACRGCCUCUGCCACCAUUCUGACCUUCUUGGACAGCCACUGUGAGGUCAACGCCGACUGGCUGCAGCCGAUGAUCCAGAGAGUCAAGGAGGAUCAUACGCGAGUGGUCAGCCCCAUUAUCGACGUGAUCAGCUUGGAUAACUUUGCUUACUUGGCUGCAUCUGCUGACCUCAGAGGAGGAUUCGAUUGGAGUCUCCACUUCAAAUGGGAGCAGAUUCCCAUCGAGCAGAAAAUGGCGAGAAGCGACCCAACGCAGCCCAUAAGGACUCCUGUCAUUGCUGGUGGGAUCUUCGUCAUGGACAAGAGCUGGUUCAACCAUCUGGGCCAGUACGACACUCACAUGGACAUCUGGGGCGGUGAGAACUUUGAGCUGUCGUUCCGAGUCUGGAUGUGCGGAGGAAGUCUGGAGAUCCUUCCCUGCAGCCGCGUGGGUCACGUGUUCAGGAAGCGCCACCCGUACGACUUCCCAGAGGGCAACGCUCUUACCUACAUCAAGAACACCCGACGGGCCGCCGAGGUGUGGAUGGACGAGUAUAAACAGUACUACUACUCGGCACGGCCGUCUGCUCAGGGCAAAGCCUUUGGCAGCAUUGCAGACCGCUUGACACUGCGGCGGAAACUGAACUGCAAACCUUUCCGUUGGUACAUGGAGAACGUCUACCCCGAGCUGAGGGUCCCUGAGCAGGAAGCCGUGUCCAGUGUGCUGAAACAAGGCGGCAUGUGUCUGGAGACCCGUGGGAGGGACGGCCUCGGACUGGCGGAGUGCCGCGGCGCCGGAACCAACAGGCCGCAGUCGCAGAAGUGGGAGCUGGUGGAGCCGCUGAUUCGGCAGCAGGACCUGUGCCUGGCUAUUUCUGCCUUCACAGCAGGGUCAAAGGUCAAGAUGGAACUCUGCAACUCCAAAGAGCCCAGACAGAAGUGGAAGCCAAAAGGCCCGGCUCUUCAACACAUGGUGAGCGGCCUCUGCCUGGACAGCCAGAGCACCAGCGGACCCCUGGUCAUCGCGCAGUGUCGCCCCCAGGUGGCCGGACAGUCGUGGGAGCCGCAAGUUAUUGUCUGAGUGAGGAAGAUUUGGAGUUGCUGAGGGACAGAAGAAGUAAAAAGAAAAAAAAAGAAGAAGAAGAAGAAAAAAACUUUACUUUUCUGAUGUCAACCUCUGGCUGCUCGUUUUUAAGGCCUUUUUGAGGGGAGAAAAAAUUUAAAAA